AAUGUGAUUUCUGUUCUUCACUGUUUUUGUUCAUCAGAUGGCAGCGAUAUAAAAUUGCGUGGGCUCUGAGCACUUCAAGGAAGAAUAUUUGUUUGUUAAAAAUUAAUUCUGUACCUUUGGGAAUAAAUCGUGUUGCGUUGAAGUUUUAGGAAUUAAACAUCACAACCGUCCAAGCUGUGCGCAACAGAAAGUACCGCGACGAUGGAGCACACGGGGAUCGAAGAGGUGAACCAGACGCACCAGCAGCACGAACCCAUCAGCUUUGGAAUAGAUCAGAUUCUCAAUGGCUCGGACCAACCGAGUAGUUGCAUGCUGCCGAACAGAACCGGCGACCCGGACUACGCGCUCGCGCCGAACGUCUAUGCCAACGGCUACAACAGCGUGUACAAUCCGGCCUGUUCGAUGGCGGCGGGACUGGCAAAUUCCUACAACGUAAACAUGAACAUGAAUGUGAGCAUGAAUAUGAACGUUAACGUGAACUCAGGGAACGCAGGUGGUGUCAUCCGCGUCCCGGCCCACAGACCCAUGCCACCCGCACCUCACCCGCCGACUUCUGCCCAUCCACCGGGCAUCGCGGCGGGGAUACCCACCAUGCCCACGCUCCCCAGCAUGGGCAGCCCCGCCAGCUUCACGUUCCCCUGGAUGGAGAGCAGCAGAAGAUUUGCCAAAGAUCGGCUGACCGCUGCUCUUUCACCGUUCUCCGUGACACGACGGAUCGGUCAUCCGUACCAGAACCGAACUCCGCCGAAACGGAAAAAGCCCCGCACGUCGUUCAGCCGCGUGCAGAUCUGCGAGCUGGAGAAACGCUUCCACCGGCAGAAGUACCUGGCGUCCGCGGAGCGAGCCACGCUCGCCAAGGCCUUGAAGAUGACAGAUGCUCAGGUCAAAACCUGGUUUCAAAACAGAAGAACAAAAUGGAGGAGGCAGACCGCUGAGGAGAGAGAGGCUGAGCGACAGCAAGCCAACCGUCUAAUGCUGCAGCUCCAACAGGAGGCCUUUCAGAAGACCCUGAGUCAGCCGCACCAACAAGACCCUCUCUGCCUACACAACUCCUCGCUUUACGCCCUGCAGAACUUACAGCCUUGGGCAGAAGAAAACAAGCUACCCAUCUAAGAGAAGGAGGGGCUUUGUCCUUUCCAACCCAAAACCGCAAAGCUGUCUGAUGAAUUUCACCCAUCAAGACGACUGUUUGUCUACGUGCCAUUUGGCAUCAAGGAGACUGACUCAACCCCAGACUCGUUCAUUCUUGUUCUUUUUAUUUGUGUUUUUUUUUCCCUUUGGACUUUGUAAGAUGUGUUUGUGAUGCAUGUUCUCUACAUUUCCUGUAUGAAGAGAUGGACUAAAAACUAUUAGUUCUG